UUUCUCUCUCUCUCUGCUCUUGUCUGUUCCCCCACCACCAUCCUUUGAGUCACACCAAAGCCACUGUAAUUCCAUUCAAUCUCUUCACUGUUACAUGCUUUCUCUUUUCUUUUCCUCUGAAUACCUCCAAAGUUUCCAUUUUUCUGUCAUGGGUAUCUCUUAUUUUCUCUGUUUCUCUUAGUUUCAAUCUUCUCUUAUUGUCCCUUAGGAGUUUGGACUUGUCAUGUGUGGAGUUUACCUCUGGGGUGCCAUCAUCAUGUGUUUUGUGUUGAAGAAUCUGUGAAGUGUGUGUGUGUGUGUGUGUUCUAUAUGCUGUGGUGCUGCUUCUGUUGCUAGUCGUGCUUCUAGCUUUUGGGGGUUUGUGUGUUGUGGAUUGGUUUUUGGGUUGGAGAAGAUGUUGGGUUCAGGCACCAAUUUGGUGACAACGGUCAUUGGGUUUGGGAUGAGUGCCACUUUCAUUGUGUUUGUGUGCACCAGAAUCAUUUGUGGAAGGCUAAGAGGGGGUGUUGAAUCUCGGAUGAUGUAUGAGAUUGAAUCAAGAAUUGAUUUAGAACGGCCAGAACAUCAUGUUAAUGACCCUGACUCCGAUCCUGUUCUGCUCGAUGCAAUCCCUACUUUGAAGUUCAACCAAGAGGCUUUCAGUUCCCUUGAACACACACAGUGUGUAAUAUGUUUGGCAGAUUACAAAGAAAGAGAAGUAUUGCGGAUCAUGCCCAAAUGUGGCCACACUUUUCAUCUUUCUUGCAUUGAUAUAUGGCUGAGAAAGCAAUCUACCUGUCCAGUAUGCCGUCUGCCGUUGAAAAACUCUUCCGAAACAAAACAUGUGAGACCUGUGACAUUUACCAUGAGCCAAUCCCUUGACGAGUCUCACACAUCAGAAAGAAACGAUGAAAUCGAGAGACAUGUUGAACCUACAUCUACUGCAGCCAGCAACUCUUUACAACCAACUUCAGGGGAACAAGAAGCAAGGCAAUGAUCUUAGAGAGCUAGAGGGGUUGUUCUGCUCAAAAAGAGAAGAAUGUAGAAUUUCUGCUUCUAUAGAGGAAUGCUUCUAAUUAUAGAUUGGAUUCAAAUUCUUUGUCUGUAAUAUGGCCUUCAUAUUCACUUGGUGGUGUAAAUAUGUUUCCUUUUGUAGCAUAUGCUGGCCAAGGUUUUGGUGGGAUUUCUUGCAUACCAAGUUGAAGUUCUUUUGUCCAUGGUAUCACUUACUCAAAGCAAGCACACUGCUCUUGUUAAUGCUUAACAGAUUAAGCAAAUGGUUGAUUACUUAUUUUGUUUCUUGUACAAUUAUUUUCAGUAGCAAAUUUUUUC